GCUUGGGAGACGUGGCUCGGGGCCGCCAUCUUGUGUGGAAGCCUCGGCAGGCAGCGGGAGCCGAGCGGGCACCGAUCGCCGCCGCCAUGGUGCUGUUGGCAGCAGCCGUCUGCACAAAAGCCGGGAAGGCAAUUGUCUCACGCCAAUUUGUGGAGAUGACACGGACCCGCAUUGAGGGGCUUCUGGCAGCCUUCCCAAAGCUCAUGAACACGGGGAAGCAGCACACCUUUGUGGAGACAGAGAGUGUGCGGUAUGUGUACCAGCCAAUGGAAAAACUGUACAUGGUGCUGAUCACCACCAAAAACAGCAACAUCCUGGAGGACCUUGAAACACUCCGACUCUUCUCUCGAGUGAUUCCUGAAUACUGUCGAGCCCUGGAGGAGAAUGAAAUCUCUGAACACUGCUUUGAUCUGAUAUUUGCCUUUGAUGAGAUUGUUGCUCUUGGCUAUCGGGAGAAUGUCAACCUGGCCCAGAUCCGCACUUUUACAGAGAUGGACUCUCACGAGGAGAAGGUCUUCCGGGCUGUCCGUGAGACACAAGAGCGCGAGGCCAAGGCUGAAAUGCGCCGGAAAGCCAAGGAAUUGCAACAAGCCCGCAGGGACGCCGAGCGCCGGGGCACCAAAGCACCCGGCUUCGGAGGCUUCGGCAGCUCAGCGGUGUCAGGAGGAACCACGGCGGCCAUGAUCACCGAGACCAUUAUUGAGGCGGAGAAGCCAAAAGUGACUCCGUUGCCAACCAGGCCGUCGGGUUCAAACAAAGCGCUCAAGCUUGGCAUGAAAGGGAAGGAAGUGGACAACUUCGUGGACAAGCUGAAAUCCGAAGGAGAAAACAUUGUUUCCUCUUCCGUUGGCAAACGUUCUUCGGACGCAGCCACUGUUCUUGCGCCACCCAUCAACAUGGAGAGUGUGCACAUGAAGAUAGAGGAGAAGAUCUCGCUGACCUGUGGCCGGGACGGGGGCCUGCAGAACAUGGAGCUGCACGGCAUGAUCAUGCUGCGGAUCUCGGAAGAAAAGUUUGCCCGGAUUCGCAUCCACGUUGAGAAUGAGGACAAGAAGGGGGUGCAGCUCCAGACUCAUCCCAAUGUUGAUAAGAAGCUUUUUAUAUCGGAGUCCCUGAUUGGCCUGAAGAACCCAGAGAAGUCUUUCCCAGUCAACAGUGACGUGGGGGUGCUGAAGUGGCGGUUGCAGACCACGGAGGAAUCCUUCAUGCCAUUGACAAUUAACUGCUGGCCAUCCGAGAGCGGCAGCGGCUGCGACGUCAACAUCGAGUAUGAGCUGCAGGAGGAGGGCCUAGAGCUGAAUGACGUGGUGAUUGCCAUUCCCUUGCCGUCUGGAGUGGGCGCUCCUGUGAUUGGGGAGAUAGACGGGGAAUAUCGCCACGAUGGCCGGAGAAACAUCCUCGAGUGGUGUCUGCCUGUGAUCGAUGCCAAAAACAAGAGUGGCAGCCUGGAGUUCAGCAUCUCUGGGCAGCCGAACGACUUCUUCCCCGUCCAUGUCUCCUUCAUUUCCAAGAAGAACUACUGCAACAUCCAGGUUACCAAAGUGACCCAGGUAGAUGGGAACAGCCCGGUCAGGUUCUCCAUGGAGACCACCUUCCUCGUGGACAAGUAUGAGAUCCUGUAGCUGCUCCUGCAGGGAAGGGGCAAGCGGCAAGCGAGACUGAGGCGGCGGCCGCUCUGUGUCGGGGCUGCUGCCCUGCUGCUUUGCUGCCAUGGCUCCCAAGGGCACGGCCGUUGCAGCAGGGAGAGGCUGCUUGCUUCUCCGGCACAGCCGGGCUGACCGGGCUGGCUCCUCCUUCCCCAUGCUGUAGUUCGUCGCUGGCAUGGCACCCCUUCCACACACACUCUUUCCCGAGCACUUCCUUCUUGUUCAUGGCUGCUUUUUUCUGCCCCCGGCAGCAGGCGAGGGAGACCACGCUCUUAAUGCAGCAGAAAAGCUGAGGCCACCCAGCUCCUUUGCCAGUAAAUUCGGUCCUGGGCAGGUGUGCUGGGAGACAUCCCUAAGUGUGCAGCUCACUCCUGGGUAAUCUGGUUCCAGGCUCCUUUCCGGAAGCCCCUCCGCUCUGCCUUUGCUGCCCUGGAGCCACUGCCCAUCUCCCUGGCCCCUUCUGCCCGGGAACCAGUUGGAGCCCCCCUGCUGGGGAAGAGCAGCCACCUGUGCUGCCAGUGGCGUAGCCAUGCGCUGGUUUGUGCCCGCCUGCUGAAGAAGCCGCCAGCCUCUCCUGCCCUGCCUCAUUGCUGUUGCGGCCCUUUCCGGAGUGUCCUGUGGAUGGGGUGGGACAGCCCUGGGCCAUGGGCAGCGAUGGUGAACCCUGCCGACCUCCGCUGGUUGCGCGAGGGGUCCCCCUGAUUUUUAAACUGGGGUUCAAUUUAGUUCAAACAUCAGAUGAGAUUUUUUUCCUUAAAAUUACAUGGGGGUGUUAUUUAAAUAAGGUUUUAUAACCCUGUAAAAUAAUGAGCUAGGGCUUAUAACACAUUCCAAUGUACACAAAAAUCCCUGCUUCAGAAUCCAAUAAAGUGUUCUGAGAGGA